AUGGUGGAUUUGGAUCAGAUGAUUCUUGAAGCAGCAAGAAGAACAGGAGGAAGCCAGCAUUCAACACCAGCACCUAGUAUGGAUUUGGAUGAGAUGCUUCUUGAAGCAUCAGGAAGAAACCAACCUUCAACACCAGCAUCUAGAAGACAAGGAAAGGGUUCAUAUUCUGAUGAUGGAAGUGAUUCUAGAGAUGAUGAUCAUGGGUUAGCUGACUGGACAGAUGAAAAAGAUGUUGCAUUGAACGAACUCCCUGCCCGGAAAAGACUCCGCCUGCAAGAUCCAGAUUCUCAUUAUAAUCAUAAAGACACAGACUCUGUUGGAAGUGAUCUUUACAAAGUCGAAGAAGACAGACAAAUGUCAGAGCUUCAUAGAGAAAUGAUACUUGCUGAACGUGCUAACAGAAAAAUGUAUGAAGUGUUGAAAAACAGUAUAGAGAAACAGAAAGAAAAGUCAAAUCAGAGAAAAGACAGACUCCCACCUCACACGGUCAACCGGGCAGCACAUUCAUCUGCUCGGUCAGCUGACCGUGAUGAUGACUCUGUUGGAAGUGAUCUUUACAAAGGCGAAGAAGACAGACAAAGGCUUUCAAAAAUGUCAGAGCUUGAUAGAGCAAUGAUACUUGCUGAACGUGCUAACAGAAAAAUGUUUAAAAAGUUUAAAAAUUGUAUAAAGAAACAUAAAGAAAAGUCAAAUCAAAGAAAAGCCAGAUCCCCACCUCACACUGUCAACCAGGCAGGACAGUCAUCUGCUUGGUCAGCUGACCGGGCAGAUGCAAAAGAUGUUGCAUUGAACGAACUCCUUGCCCGGGCAGAUGCAAAAGAUGUUGCAUUGAACGGACUCCUUGCCCGGGCAGAUGCAAAAGAUGUUGCAUUGAACGAACUCCUUGCCCGGGCAGAUGCAAAAGAUGUUGCAUUGAACGAACUCCUUGCCCGGGCAGAUGCAAAAGAUGUUGUUGCAUUGAACGAACUCCUUGCCCGGGCAGAUGCAAAAGAUGUUGCAUUGAACGAACUCCUUGCCCGGGCAGAUGCAAAAGAUGUUGCAUUGAACGAACUCCUUGCCGGGCAGAUGCAAAAGAUGUUGUUGCAUUGA